AUGCGAUUCGAGAUUGGCACCGCUGCAGCUAUUGCGGCUGCGUGGGCGCCGCUGGCCAUCGCUGCUCCGCAGGGUGCAGAGCCCGCUGCGCCGAAUCAUUUCUGGGAGGCUCGUGGCCGGGAGGGUUCCUACACGUUCACGUCGAUGACAUCGACGCGCUAUGCGACGCCUUUGCCGCGCACCAAGCCGGUGACGACCUACAUGCCAGCCGCGUCCAUGUCAGCCAUCAUGCCCUCGGGCGUGAAGACCACCACCUGGAACAAGAAAGACGCAAGUGCCUCUGACUGGAACAAUCCUUACGGCCAGGCAGAGUGGAACCGUCGCUGGGCCACCUUCAUGCCCAACGUGUCCAUCUCCACCGCAAGCAUCACGACCACCGUGCAGCCCACUCCGGUGCCAUCGUCCUCGUUGAUCAUGCCGCCGCCGGCUGGCUUCUCGUACAGCGACGGGGCCAAGGCGAAGGACUACACUUUCCCCAAGGAUUUUAUUGUCGGUGCCGCUUCGUCAGCCAACCAGAUUGAGGGCGCCAUCCAGGACGAGGGCCGUACGCCAAGUGUGCUGGACUACUUCAACUUCCUUCCGCAGGCCUCGGACUACAUCACCGACUGGAACUACUACUUAUACAAGGAGGACAUCGCGCGGCUGGCCGCCAUGGGUAUCCCAUACUACUCAUUUUCCAUCUCUUGGACUCGUAUUCUUCCAUUUGCUGCGGCCGGCACGCCCGUCAACAAGGAGGGCAUUGACCAUUACAAUGAUCUGAUCAACACCUGUCUCGAGUACGGCGUCAAGCCUAUUGUGACCAUUGUGCAUGCCGACGAGCCCUACGAGUUCAUCAUGGACGGUGGAAAUGUGUCGAGAGCCUACUUCUCGACCAAUUCCGGUGUCGCCAACAGCACGUUUGUCGAUUCCUAUGUCUACUACUCGCGCAUCCUAUUCUCCCACUUCGCAGACCGUGUGCCCAUCUGGAUCACCAUCAACGAGCCCUACUACGAGUCGGGCAACCUGGAGGGCAUGUACAACUUCCUCGAAGCACACACCCAGGUGUACGACUUGUACAAGUCGAUGGGCGGCAAGGGAAUGAUGUCUUACAAGAACGCCGACAAUUUCGGGGUGCCUCUAGACAUCAACAACCCGAAGGAUAUCGCCGCAACCAACCGGUACCAGGACUACCUGCUCGGCAUCAUGUCCAACCCGAUCUACCUCGGCAAGGACGUGCCAGAGAGCGUGACGUCGACAUGCACCAACGAGUCUCGCCCACUGUCCUCCGAGACUCUAGCCCGGUACAAGGGAAAGUCCGACUUCUACGCAGUUGACCCAUACACCGCGACCUUUGUCUUCCCACCCGACGGCGGCAUCGACGCCUGCGCCAAGGACCCGAACCACAGCCUCUGGCCGAACUGCGUGAACACUACCUCGAUCAGCGAGAAUAACUGGGAAAUCGGCUUCUACUCCAACGACUACCCCUACCUGACCCCGAAGUACUUCCGCGCAUUCAUGAACUACAUCUGGGAGACCUACCGGCCGAAGGCGAUCGUGGUGUCUGAGUUCGGCUUCCCCGUAUACGCCGAGUCCACCGCGCCGCUGGCCUCGCAGCUGAACGAUCUGCCGCGCUCGCUGUACUACGACGCCUUCCUGACUGAGAUCCUGAAUUGCAUUCAUGAGGAUGGUAUCAAUAUCAUUGGUGCUAUUGGCUGGAGUAUGCUUGACAACUGGGAGUUUGGCUCGUAUGACCAGCACUUCGGGAUGCAGGUCGUUGACCGCAACACUCUUCAGCGCUACUAUAAGCGCUCUUUCUUUGACUUUAUUGAUUUCUUCCAUUCGCAUGGUCUGUAA